CGUGCGUGCGCGCGCGCGCGCGUGUGUCUCAUCUCCAAUCGUUUAAAAACACGCAUCGCCCUGAAGUUGCCGCUGCGUCCGUCCGGUGUAUGUACUCCGCUGUCGCGUGAAGUUGCCGGUACGCACAUCGUCUGCAUGCAAAUUGGACGUGCGCGCGCGCGCGCGCGGGCGCGAGUUCGUGAUCAUUUUUCCUGCCGGCGAUCCUCUCGUAUUCGCUCGAUCAGUGCCAGUCGCGUGCGGAAUUCGCAUCCGAGAGUUCAAGGAAAGAGCACGCCGUCCCCUUUCCUUUCUCGCUCGCCUCGCUUUACGUCGUCAUCAGGUUGUCGCUCUACGUUUGUUCGGCACAAGACAAAAAAUCAUCCAUUCCCAGCUUCCGUUUACAUAACGUCAUUCAGAUUUAAAGGUCCGAUUGGAUGAUCUGGAAGAACAUAUGAAUAACAGCGAGCACUCACACAACUGUCGAGCCUGUUGGUUGAUUACACAUCUUGAAACCAAAUACACAUUCGACCGUCUGAACACGCUCAUUGUGCGGGAACAAAGAUCCUAUAACAGUGGGAGUUUUCUAGCAGAAGUACAUUUUCUAGAUCAUCCAAUUAGACUUUUAGCCCUCGAAGAAUACAUCAAUAGCAGCGAGCGGUCGCUCAAUUAUUGAGUCUACUGAACUUGAGCCAGUGAAUCAUUACAGCUUUGUUGUUUGUCAACGUUAAACAUGAUGAAAUAAUUCACUGUGUUACAUUGUGUCCUUGCUGGAAAACACCCAGAGUCUGAACCACAAGAUGACAAACUUUUGAUUAAGCUGCCGUUUUUGUCAACUUCAGUGUGCGCGUCGCCACCGCACGGGGUGCCUGGCAUGGAGUGAUCUGCUCGCCGUGAGUCUUCCUACGCAGCACGACCGGCCCAGGAUUCUUCGAGGAUGACGAGCAGGCACGCGGAACGAGCCGUCGCCGCUCGGGAGGAAUUCAGCGGAGGCCGAGGAUAUCUGAGACGACCGAUGGGGUUGCCUAGGAAGCGAGCGGCUCUGCUGGUGAUUUGUCUUUUGGCCACUUGCACGGCGGGUAACAACGUGAACGAGCCACCUAUCCUGGAAGCCGGAGGAUACCCUACGGGCUUGCCACUCUCGGAAUCGACCAAGGUCGGGACGGAAGUAUUCGUCCUGAAGGGCCACGAUCCCGAGGGAUCGCCAGUGAAAUAUGGCAUACAACUCACGGACCAUUUCGUCGUCAAUCCGCGUACCGGUGUCAUCACUUUGGCGAAGCCGCUCAAUCGCGAGGAGAACGAUACGAUACGUUUUCGCGUGACUCUGGAGGACGAGGUACCCGCGGGACAGCAGCCGAACAUCGUCGGCGUGGACGCUUACGUGAUUGUACUGGAUGAGAACGAUAAUCCGCCGCACUUCCUGGGUGUGCCAUAUGAGGCGGUCGCCGAGGAGGACACCCCGGUCGGCUCCACCAUACUUCCGGGCAUCAGGGUCGUGGACCCUGACCUGCUGGGCGACAUUAUAGAUCUAACGUGCGUCCCGCAGCCACAGUUUCUGGAUGCCUGCGAGAAGUUCGGCAUCGUUAAUGUCGAGAGGAGCCAGAACACGUAUGUGGGCGCCCUGGUGUUGCGACAGUCCCUCGACUACCGGGAGAGGCCUUUCUAUCAGCUACUACUGCGAGCGAGCGACGGCCUGAACAAUGGUACCACCGGCGUCGAGAUCAAGGUGGCGGACAUUCAGAACAGUCCGCCGGAAUUCUUGGAUUCCUUAACAGGCGUGGUACGUGAGGACGAUCCUAUCGGGACCCUCGUGAUGACCGUAAAGGCCCGAGAUGGCGACAGAGGCAUGCCGCGGAAGAUGAUCUACGAAUUAGUCACUAACCCAUUCGAUUACUUCUUGUUGGACGACGACACGGGCGAGCUGAGGACGGCGAAGCCGCUGGACAGAGAGGCGCUGGAGAACUCGACGGGCGUGCUCACGCUAAUUGUGAAGGCCCGCGAGCUGAUCGACGGUAUACCCGGGAACGACAAAUUGACGGUAUCGACGGCCGAGGCGACCGUGACGAUUAAGGACGUCAAUGACGAGCCGCCCACGUUUAAUCGGCGCGAGUACAACAUCGAGAUCCCGGAGAACGUGCAGGACGGCACGCCAUUGCCGCAUCUGGACAUGACUGUAAAAGAUCCGGAUGUGGGCUUAAAUUCCGUGUUCUCCUUGCGACUGGAGGACAUAACGGGUGCGUUCACCGUGGAGCCCGUCUUGGCGACUGGCAGCACGUCCGUGAACAUCCGCGUUACAAACGGCUCGCUUGAUUACGAAAACCCUAAUCAACGGAAAUUCAUUAUCCUGGUCGUUGCCGAGGAAGUCCACACGAACCCGAAACUCUCGUCUACGGCGACGGUAACGAUUUCCAUCACGGAUGCAAACGACAAUGCUCCUUCCUUCGGGAGCCCUACGUACACAGCUACGGUGUCCGAGACGGCGGCCCCAGGGAGCCCAAUUAUAACGAUUACGGCGAAGGAUCGCGACAGCGGGCGCUUCGGUACUGCCGGUAUAGUCUACCAAUUACUCGGCCAGGGCGCGGAGCACUUUGCGAUCGACAAGAAAACCGGCACCAUCACCGUCGCACCUUGCCCAACGCCCGGCACUUCGCCUUGCCUGGAUUACGAGCAACAGACGGAGUACUUUCUCACUUACAAAGCGACAGAUGACAAUGGGGAAGGGCAGACAACGAGCGUUUCGUUGCGCAUCAGUCUGGUAGAUGCGAACGACAGUCCGCCGCGUUUUCUACAGGACAAGUAUCGUGCGGUAGUGGAUGAGGGUGCAGAGAAAUUCGAGCCCGAGCUGAAGGUUCAGGCGCGCGACAAGGACAAGACGUCCAAGAUCACGUACGCUCUGGUGGGCGGUAACGAACUCGGCUUGUUCGCCGUCGAUCCGGAUACCGGCGAGAUCACCAUCAAGAGCCCGGUUGACAUGACCAACGCCACCCACGAUUGGAUCGGUCUAACCAUACAGGCGAGCGACGGCAUAUUCGUCGACUCCGCGCUCGUCAACAUCACCGUCCGCGACGUUAACAACAACGCGCCCAUGUUCCCGCACGACAUAUACACGGCCAGCAUCGCGGAGAUAUCGCCGAUCGGAACUGUCGUAGAGGAGGUAACCGCGACGGACGCCGACAGCGGAGUUAAUGCGGAGUUGGUUUACAGAAUACAGAAAGGAGCUUUCGACGAUUUCACCAUCAACGAAACCACCGGCGUCGUCGCAGUAUCCCGAAAAUUGGAUUACGACGAGAAGAACACGUAUCAUGUAGAAGUCAUAGCGUUCGACAAAGGAACACCGAGCCUGACCGGAACGACGACGCUGAUGAUCGAGGUGGAGAACAGUAAUGACAAGGCACCGUAUUUUACGCCCGAAACGCAGUUGGCCGAAGUUACAGAGGAUACGCCAAUCGGCACCGUUUUCACAACAUUGAAAGCCACAGAUCCGGACAGCACGAAUCUCGAAGCUUUGAACUUCGCUAUUUCCGAGCCAAUCACCGCUAUUGACAGAAAUGGUCAACGCGUCAACGACAGCAAAUCUUUUAAGGACUUCUUCGCAGUCGAUCGCGCUACUGGACAGGUUUCCGUCGUUCGAGCUUUGGAUCGUGAUAUAGCGGCGACGGUAAGCGUUACGAUUGUCGUAAGCGAUACCACGGCACCUACAUUGCAGCAGGGACGAGGUAAGCUGGUAGUUACUAUCAUCGACGUGAACCACAUGGCGCCAGAAUUUCUGAAGCCGUGGACUCGAGAAAGUCCACGGUAUCUGAUAGAGAUGCAAGAGGAACAACCCACUGGUGCUGUCGUGGGUGCUUUUACGGCAACAGACGCUGAUAGUAACAUAGCGGGAUACGCCAUCGAUCCGCCAAGCCCUUACUUCAAUAUUGAUAAUAUUACCGGGAUUGUAAGAACUAGUCAGGUGAUCGAUUAUGAAGAAACAAAACAGUUGGAAUUUACAGUGGUCGCUUAUGAUUCUGGAGUACCUCAACUUUCCACAACUGCGAAAGUUACCGUUACUGUGAUUAACGUGAACGAUCAGGAUCCAAAGUUUGAGAAGGAGCUAUAUAACGCGUCAGUGAAAGAGAAUUCUCCGCCUGGCACUCGCGUUACUGUUGUGAAAGCUACGGAUGGUGAUGAGGGACCUUUCGGCGAUGUCAGUUACAGCCUGAUUGGAGAACACGCUGCUGACUUUAACAUUGGACAUGAAACUGGAGAGAUUACUGUAGGCGGUGCUACAGUUCUUGAUAGAGAAGUGACGCCGGAAAUCACCAUAACGGUGAUGGCCAGCGACGGCGCCCAUAUAAAUUCUCGGCGAAGCACCACCGUGCCGGUGGUUGUCAAGUUAAUUGACGAGAAUGAUAACAGACCAAUAUUCUCACAACACAGUUACAGAGCUUCUGUCGCGGAGAAUUUGUCAGUUAAUCCGCCGGCACCUAUCUUGCAGGUACGAGCGGCAGAUCAGGACGAAGGAACAAACGGCGAAGUUUGGUACACAAUCAUCAAUGGAAACGAGAAUGAAUCGUUUUCAUUAAAUCGCGAAACUGGCAUCUUGUAUCCUGCAGCCGCCCUCCUCGGCAGAGCCGGUUCUUACAGGAUCGAGGUCGAAGCACGUGAUGGCGCCGGAAGUGGUCCGCAUUCGGACAGAUGUUAUGUCGACGUAAGAGUCACACCUGUGAAUCAGCAUAAACCGCAGUUCGUAAUGCCGGAACUGACAAACGCGACCGUGGAAGUGCCAGAAAAUGCAGGUGUGCCGAAUUAUCUAAUAUUAACUGUAAAAGCAAUCGACAGAGAUCCUGGCGAGAAUGGCCGUGUUAGCUACCAUUUGAAAAUCGGCAAUAGAAACGUUCAGGAAACUGAGGAAUUUUCUAUAGACCAAGAGACCGGUGAACUUCGAUCGAAGAUCAUUCUCGACCGCGAGAUCAAGAGCAAAUUUGAACUUGUUCUUGUGGCAGCUGAUCAUGGCAGUCCUACAGCGUACGAAACACUUCGUUUAUUAACAGUUCAAUUAGUUGAUACAAACGAUAACGUGCCGCAAUUCUACGAGGAAUAUAAUUUCCAUAUAUCCGAGAAUCGACCAAAGGAUUAUUUUAUUGGCAAAGUUACAGCGGAGGAUAAAGACGAAGGCAGACAUGCCAAGGUUUAUUAUUACAUAGAAGCAGGAAACGAAGGAUACGCAUUUUACAUGGACAAAUCUGAUGGCAGUAUCUACGCGAACAAAUCAUUUGAUCGCGAGACAAGAGAUAAAUAUGUUCUUUCUAUUCUUGCGUCCAACGAUCCCGAUCUUUACAUCAAUCCUGCGCAAUCCGGCCGACCAUUGACUCACAAUCCGGAACACGGACACGUGAAUGUAACAAUAACUGUGUUGGAUGAAAACGAUAAUCCGCCCAUUUUUGAGCGCAAUGAUUAUUAUGCCGGUGUGAAUUCCAUGGCAAACAUAAAUGACUUUGUGACCAAAGUAACUGCCUCCGACUUAGAUGUCGGAGACAACGGUACUCUCCAUUACUAUGUCGCCAGCGCGAAUCUUUACAAAUAUGGCUCGGAAAAGCCGAGCGGCUCGAUAGUGCCAAGCCCGUUCAACGUCACGCAGGAUGGUAAACUCGUUACGAGCGGAUACAUGGCGGAAUAUAAUCAAGACAGAUUUAUUGUCGAAGUUAUCGCCAAGGAGACAGCCAUUCCAGAAAGAUACGCGAUGACGAGAGUUCAUGUAUGGGUAUUUGAACCAUCUCAAUUAAUACGAGUCAUAUUGUCCCGGCCUCCGGAGGAGGUGAAUAGCGAACGCGACGAGAUUGUUUCAGAAUUAUCCAAUGCUACACAAAGCAGAGUCGUAGUGGAUGAUAUUAGAUAUCAUGUUGACGCUUCUGGACAUAUCCGCAGAGAAUGGUGCGACAUGUAUUUGCACGUUGUCGAACCGAAAACUCAAACUAUCGCGCCGAUACCUCAUGUGCUCAAAGUCAUUGAUGCGAAGUAUGAUUUUUUAAAACACUACUAUGCUGGGUUUGCCAUAGAGAAUGUUGUGCCCGCAUAUGCUGGAAUUCAAGAAGAACCAUUCGAUCCUGCACUCGCUGCUUUAAUAGCUCUUUUAGUUGUUCUACUCGUAGGUGCGGUUACUGUUACAGUCGUUUGCUGCUGUCUACGCCAUUGGGUGAUAACUGUGCCAAAUGAUAUACGUAAGAAGGACGGCCUAAUUAAGAAACAGAUCAUUGACGAAUUGAACACAACGGAAAAUCCUCUAUGGAUCGAGCAAAAAUUGAAGCUCUACGAGGAGCAGGAGUUAACGAUGCAAGUGUUCAGCGAGCCCGAGGGCGGUCUCGGCGGCGAGAGACGCGGCAGUGGCGUAAGCGUCGGCAUGGGUGAUACAUCCCAAGAUAACACUUACGCAACCAUCCAACAUCCAUUGCCUACGAACAGGCAUCGUCCGACUACGCCGGAUUAUACGACGCUACCAGGAAAUCAUAAUUUAUACGAAUCGGCAAUGGGUUUUCAAGGAUCAACGUUUCAGCCUUCCCCGAACGUGAUGCCGCAACUGACGGUCGACCGCGACGGCCAGCCUCAGUUCGUUUCGGGGCUAAUAUAAAUCAGCUCUGAUACACGGGCACACUCAGCCCAUCCUCUCCUCCUCCCUUUCUAUCUCUAAAUAAGCUCCGUCGCCGUACGUUGUACCUCUUUGUCCGCGGCUCUUUUUCAUUGCACGCGCCUCUUCGGAGCGUACUUCGGGCGACUCGCAUGCACACACCUCUUUGACAAUAACCGAGUUAAAUAUUGGUCGGGUUUGUCCUGCGAGUAGACGCGUGUACGAGAAGAGCGACACGACACGACAUGACAUGAAACACGAGACACAACAUUCGCGAGAUCCGCCCUUUCUCACUUGCGUGACUUUUGCCAUUUUCAGUUCAGACUCUUCCGCGAGAGCUUGCGAAAGGACUCAUGAUGAAGAGUGACGACGAACGACACAGUCAAUAUUACUGGAGUAAUUAAUCCCUGUAGCUGGUGUGUGCAUGUAUAUAUGUGUGCGUUGCCAACCUGGGGUCCCGUCAGACUUUAUCGUUAGAACUACUUUUUAGAAGAAUCAAAAAAAAAAAGCAAAAGAAAAG